AUGUCAAAGUCUAAAGCCGCCAAAAGAACUAAUGGACGAACCUUUCCCAACGUGAUAAUCUCAAGCAUUGGCCUCACCGUUACCUGCACAGAUGCAAAAUCAUCGAUGUGGCCAUCGGAUUCCCCAAUUAAAGAUCGAAACGGAUAUAUUGUUUGUUUUCAGCGCACUACCGGGCAUGACAGAAAAUGUAAUCUUUAUGCUACAAAGGUUGGUGAGGUUCUGGCAAGAGCAUUGGAAGAUGGAUCUGACAAGAAAAUUACCAAUCGUAAAUUGGCAUUACUACCUCAAGGAUAUGCAUUGUUUGACCGUCUUCGAAAAGUAGAAAACGGUGAGAUCACUAGGCGCGAUACUUAUCUGUUUGGUAGCCCUUGUUCCUCAAAAUUUUGUUCGCCACAUGAAUUCGAAGAACAUCUUUUAUGGCUUGCAUCCGACAAGUUCAUUGCAUGCCAUUGCAAAUAUUGUAUAUCGAAUAGGGAAAAAGGCCUACCGAGCCCUGUGACUAGAAUUGUAUCACAGGAAGAAGACGAUUCCACUCCUAUGAUCAUACAAGCUGAAGAUGGUGCGAGCAAUGACAACGCAUCGGCUCCACUUGAGGCUAAUUUUGAUGCACCCACGGAUGAAAGACACAAUUCAGAUUCUUCGUAUUCAUCAGGAAAGCAAAAUUUUGAUUCAUCAAGUGAUGACCAUGCUGAAUCGGAUAUAUCAGAUACAGAUGAAAUACACGAAAUACUCUCAUCACCGUGUCUAACUUCGGAUAGCGAAGGUUCUGAAUGUCAUAUGUAUUCAAAAAACAUGUACGAUUUUUCGGAAGAGACGUCCAGUGAGGGCGAGCUCUCUUCUUCAAGCACUUCGAGCAACCUGGACGAAUUAGUACAAGCGAGAUUAAGAAAUGUUGAAGAACGUUUGUCGAAAAGGCUAGAUUCAGAUGAUUCUCUCCUAUGUCUUGACGUUUGUCAAGAAUCCAAAUAUUAUGAGAAAAUGUAUCGUCGUAAUGAAAUUGUAUGGGUGGACAUCCGGCGCGUUUGGAAUCAGCCAGUUAAAUGCGCUGAAUCUUUAUUAACUCAUUGGCCAGCGCUCAUAAGGAGCCGGGAAAGAAAUGCUAGGGAUAAGUUUAUUCUAUAUAAGGUGAUGAUAUACUCGUUGAAUAAUCAUAAGAUUUUGAGGCAGAAAGCCAUACUCCCGUGGCGAGCUCUUAAUCCAAAUAAAUUCUUAAGUACAUUUGAGAAUGCCGCACGAAGUAAGGAUCUUGUAUCAAAAUUUAUUCAGGCUUUGGACUCCGUGAAAGUUAGGUCUUCGAUGUGCUGUGCAAUGGAUUCCUACUAUCUGUUUUCUUCAUCCUCCCGAAGAAAGAACAGUUCAAAUUUGGAAUAUUCGCAGGAAAUAGGACAGUCGGAACAUUACAAGAGUAUAAUAUUUGGUCCAGAAGUGUUACGCGAAGGUGAUAUUCUUUUACUUGAUUCUGAAAAAAUCGAUGUAGACAGGGAUGACAAUGACGACAGAAACAAUGAUACAGUGUUAUUUAAGGUUCAUUACUUUUAUUAUUUUAAGCGGCGAAAUCGAAUUGAGAUGACCGGUGAUAUGUAUAGACAUUUUAAGCUUAUUGAAAGGAGCAACACAUUGGCGUUAAAGAAAAUAGAGAUGGCGCAGAACCUAUCGGUCGUUGGGUUAGAUGAGGUGAUUGGAAGGUUUUACAAAUAUGAUCAAGAUAUUAAUCGACCUGCUCCCUUGCACUCUCCGGAUUCCGCAAAUGUUUUAUUUUGCUAA